UUACUCUCUCUCUCUCUCUUACUCUCUCUCUCUCUUGCAAACACACACACGCUCUCUCCCUCCCAUACUUACUCACUUGCUCACUCCCUCUCUUUCUCUCUCCCUCUCUCUUUCUCUCAGUAUCACACACUCACACACACACACACACACACAUACACACGCAGUCAGUCACCAACCCUCAUUCAACUCCCUCUCAGCCACGGGUCAGCAGCUCAGACAGGCACCUUGUUCCUAUUCAGCUGGAAAGAGUAGAGCAUCGCAAGGUGCACACACAUACUCCAACACACACUCACUCAAAAUACACACACACACACACACACACACACACACACACACACACAAACACACACACACACACACACACACACACACACACACACAUAUAUGUGCAUCAUCAUACAGCAAAGGACUUUAUCUGUGGUACGGGAAAGAAGACCUCAGUCCAAGGAGAAGAAGAAACAGAGAAACAAGGAGGGACUUCUAAAGAGGAACUUCUAAAGGUAGAUUCCUAAAAUUGCAGCUCUUCAAUAAAGGAUCAGACAAAAAUAAUCGGAAACAAGACUGAAGAUGACAAAUGGAGUAACUUUGAGAAGCUUGUUGCUGUAGGAAGGCCUGAAGUGGAGAUCGUCUGUGACAUCCUGAGGAUCUGCGAGCCAUCUCCCUCCCUUCUCUUUUCAGGACUCCCACCGUCUUGUCAUCCCUCCACUGGGACAUCUCCCCAUCAUCAGCAUGCCUACAGCUUGCACAAGGUGCACCUUGGGAGUCUGACCCACCAUGUGCAGAUGGACGCCGGCCGCAGCUCAUCUCUGUCCUGAAGCUGCCCUUGGCACCACCACUGCUGCAGCCUCUGCCGGGCGACCUCUCCCCCUACCCAGUGCAGCCUCCCUUUGCCUGGCAUGCCUCUCCCUGCUCCUGGUCACCGCUGGCACCGCCACAGGGGCCUGUCCUCCAGGGGUUGGACAUGAACCCCUUCAGGUGCUGGCGGGUGGCAUCAACUGUUCAUGGACGUUGGAAAGACACACUCGCAGUUACAAUCACCUCGAGGGAGACGUCCGACUACGGCGACUUUACUCUGCCAACAAGUUCUUCCUCUGUAUUGACAAAACAGGCAAGGUGGACGGCACUCGGCGGAAAAACUACGCUGACAGCCUGAUGGAAAUCCGAUCUGUCAGUGUGGGAGUUGUUGCCAUCAAAUCUGUCAGCACCGGGCUGUACUUAGCUAUGUCCAAGAAAGGCACGCUCUUUGGAUCGGUGAAGUACAACCCCAGCUGCAAGUUCAAGGAGCGGAUCGAGGAGAACGGGUACAACACGUACGCCUCGCUCCGCUGGAAGCACGGUGGCAGGCAGAUGUUUGUUUCGCUGAACGGGCGCGGGAAGCCUCGGCGAGGUCACAAGGCUCGACGAAGACAUCCGUCCACUCACUUCCUGCCCAUGCUCCCCUCUUAGCUGUCCACCUCUGAACUCUGACCAGCAAAUGGCUGACUCACACUAGUGUUGAUAAAGCCAUGACGGCCAUCUUUAUUUUUAUUACUCCAUCCUCCUGUCACAUAAAUGUACAUUUGUUAAGGGUUGUAACAUUUGUAGAGUUAGUAUAAUAUGUACUUUUAAGUUAUUUUCUCAAUUUUCUAAUGAUGUUCAGCUAUAGAGUAAAUACACAGUAUGUAUACUACUUCCGGGCAUCUGUCUGGUGACAGUCUCAGUCUGACUGCAUGUAAAGUGAUGGGUAAGGAUUGUAAAGGGACAGCAAGGCGUGGAAAAAAAUCAAAUGCGGCUCACUGGUUUAUUAUUUAACCCAUUUUAGAUGCUCAGCUAAAUAAGCAUCUGGUUCAACAAAAAUAUAUUUUUAUUUUGACUAUCCCUUUAAAGCAACAAAAGGUGCAACUUUGAAGUAGCUACAAAUCAGGGCCAUAGCUACUGUUGGGAUGGGGUCAAACUCUACAAUUACAUUUUUACAAUGCGUCAUUUUAAACACAUUUCUCAUAUUUAACAUAUUCUGACUACAAACAUGUGAGAAAUUCACAUAUUAAUUGACUUUUCAAUGUCUCACAUGUGAAAUCUAACAUAUAAAUAAAAACAUUGGAGAUGUUUUGCACUAUAUCACCAACAAAUUCAAGCUGUAUAUUGUUAAUCACAUGUAUAAACAGUAUUCCAAUAAUCAAUAUAGCAAGCAAGUCAUUUUUUGAUCUGCUAUCUGACUACUUUUAGGCCAUUGAAAUUGAAGAAAUAAAUAAACAACAUUUCCCUACUAGAAUUACAUUAAUGUGGAGUAAAGCUGUGAAGAGUAAUUCAACAAAAAAAGAGAUUUACAAAUAAUGAGUAUUUCUUAAAGUCUUGGCUAUGGCCACUACAAAUCUUACAUCUUGACUGUUGUUUGGGAUAUACUGUACUGACACGACUGGAUAAGAGAUGCUGACGCAUUGAUAAAAGAACUGUUCUGGAGAACACAACAGAAGCUAAGCUAACUACUGGGAUAACGUGCUGAACUUUCCGAGAUGAACCUUGUAUGUUUGUGCAUGUUUCUGUCGAACUGCUUCACCCAUUCAAAUAACCAACAGUUAAUAGAGGUGGAGUCUGUAUCAGAAAGAUGCUUAGUCUCUGACUGUUGGUCUUUCUUUCAGUUGUGAAAUAACGAUGUACAUUUUGAGUCAUUUAAUGCAUUAUAGCAGCCAUAGGUUAAGCAGACGUCACAUAGCAGCAGCUUCAUUAAUUUUGUAGUAAAUGGUAAUUACAAACUGUCUCCCUCUCAAGUCUUGCUAACAUUUUCUCAACAAGGCUGUUGCUAAUAGAUCAUUUAAUAUAUUUAAAACAUUUUGUACUCUUUAACUGUUUGAAGUUGAUGUAUAUUGUUAUUGUCGACGUUUUGUGUUGGAUUGUAGUCCUAUUGAAAAAAAAGAAUGGGAAAAAAGUGAUCGUAUUAAUGUCCAUAUUCAGCUUAUUUUGUAUGGUAUUACUACUGGAUAUCGGUACAUUUGUGAUCCACUUGUAAUAAACAGCUUACAGCUAUAGGCCAGUAAUAGUAGGUUGUAUAUAAGGCCAAAGGCUCCGAACAAACAGUCUUGAGGUUUAUUUCAGAAAAGUAAAAUCAUUUGAGUGCCUUGGUCUAUUCUGAGUUUGGUAAACUUCAAUAAAACAUGUGGAUAAAUCACGA